AAACGGUUGAGACUGCGUGCAUCUCCCUCUCUCACCGGGCCCCCUCUGCCCUUCCCCCGCCAUGCCCUCAGACACCCCCGCUUCUCCCGCCACACAGCCCACACAGCCCAAAACCCAGCUCGACACUCCUCCCGCCAACGCCAACGCCGAUCCCCAGCCUCCCUCCCCAGCGGACCACAAGGCAGACCUCCCGCCCACCAGCCCCCGCAAGCAAGAGCCCGCAGACCAGCAAGAGAGCGAGUCCGAGACCGAAGAUGACGACGAAGACAUCAUAGACAUGGAGACCUUCCAGCAGAUCAUGGACAUGGACGAGGACGACGGAGACGACGACUCUGAGGAGAAGCAUUCAUUCUCCAAGGGCAUCGUCUGGGGUUACUUUGACCAAGCAGAGGGUACUUUUAAAGACAUGGAGGAAGCUCUCGCCGCCAAAGACCUCGAAAAACUCUCUUCCCUCGGUCACUUUCUCAAGGGCUCCUCCGCCGCUUUGGGCAUCAUCAAGGUGCAGGCUUCCUGCGAAAAGAUGCAGCACUAUGGCAACCUCCGGGACGAGGAAGCCGGUGCUGAUCUCAAACCUGCCGAUGCCCUUGAGCGCAUCGCUGGUCUUUUGAGGGCUUGUAAGCGAGAUUACAAGGCCGCCAAGACCUGGAUGGAGAACCUGUACGAGGAAGGGGCUUAGAGUCCAUCUCCAAUGUCGCCUGAAGAGAAGAAGAAGAAAGGAACGACGGACUUGCUGCUGUCUUUGAAGUUGUAGCUGUAGCCGUGGGCGGUCGCGAGGUCGUGUCUCCUAAGGGCCUUUUGUGGAUUAUCAUUCUUUUACGUUCUCAUCUCCCUUUUGUCUAUACCCCACCCUCUCCUUUUUAGAAACCCUCUACAAAAUCAUUCUUUAAUGACGCUCCCCUCAAAACCCUCUAGUCCCUUCGUCUUGAUCUCCCUUGCGCCUGUUCAUAACUCGUGUAGCAUUUUCUCUCCCCUGUCCAAUUUCCCUCAGGCUAUAAUCAUGCCGAUCUCCUAUCCCGUGACGAGUCAUCAAUGUAGAUACAUAUCUAAAG